ACGUUAAUCUACAAGUCAUUACGAUUUACGAAAUACGAAUUACGAAUAACAAUUUACUUCUCUUGCCUUAUUGCGACCAAAUACCACUAUGAAUAUUUUGAAAUAAGUUAGGUUUCUUAAAUAUUUUCUGUAAUAAACUAAUUGGAUUGGAUCCACCUUAUUACUGUAUUCGUUAUUCAUAUUAAUAAAAUAAUUUUUAUUACAAACCAUGGAUCCGUUUAUUAUUGCAGCUAUAAUUAGUGCUGUAGUUAUUAUAAUCCUAUCAAUUGCCUUUUUACGAGUGUCACAAGUAAACACAAAACCUGCUGCGCGACCGAGAGCAGUAGCCCAAAGAGAUGGAGGCCCUGGAAGAGUACAAGCUGUCAGAAACCAGCGCGCCAGAAUGAGAGCAAAUGCUGCAAGACAUGCUGCACCUCUUGAUGAAGAUGCUAAUGUUGCUGAUGAUAUGGAUGAAGAAGGUAUACCAGAAAGCCCAGCCGUUGAAAUUGAUGAUAAAAUGGGUGCAAAGAAACGUGCCAAAAUGGAAGCUAAAAUGGAAAAGAAAAAAGCAAGGGAAGCGGAAGAGAAGAUGAGGGAAAUGAAAAAGAAGAAAGACCAAGAAUUAGAAGAAGAACGCAAAAAGUUGGAAGAAAAGAAACAGGAAGAAGAAAGAAAAGCAGAGGAAGCUGAAAGGAAAGCAGAAGAAGAGAGAAAGAAGAAAGAACAAGAAGAGUAUGAAGCCAUGAAAGCUGCAUUUAGUAUUGAAGGUGAGGGAUAUGACGAAAAUGAUGAGGAAGAUGCAGCAAAUCGUCUUCGUGACUUCAUUGAAUAUAUCAAGACUCAAAAGGUUGUUUUACUGGAAGAUUUAGCAGCUCAUUUCAAACUCAAAACGCAAGCUACUAUCGACAGAAUUACUGAUAUGCAGGCAUCAGGUGAACUUACUGGUGUUAUUGACGACAGAGGAAAGUUCAUUUAUAUUGCCCAAGCUGAGCUUGAAGCUGUCGCUAAAUUUAUUAAACAAAGGGGGCGUGUAUCCAUUUCAGAGCUGGCAGAAUGUAGUAAUCAAUUGAUCAAUCUUAAUCCUGUCCCUGUUGCUACAUAAUAUUUUUAAUUAAAUUAUUUAUACUUUUCAUUUUGACUCAAAUAAAUACAUAUAUUUUUAUCACA